AUGGAUGGAGCCGGUGAUCAGCUUGUGGCAAAUCCGGAGCGCAGUCGGGAGCCGGAUGAUCAGGGCACUCGCAAACGGCGUCCCGAUACUCCAACUGAUCGGCUCGCUGAAAGAAGCCUUGAAGCCUUUGAUGAGCUAUUCCUAAUGAAGCGUGGAGGACAAGAAAUAUAUGUUGGGCCAUUGGGUCGCCAUUCUAGUCAUUUGAUCAAGUAUUUUGAGAGCAUUGAAGGGGUGAGCAAAAUCAAAGACGGAUAUAACCCGGCUACUUGGAUGUUGGAAGUUACAACUACAGCACAGGAACUUAGUUUGGGUGUUGAUUUUACUGACUUGUACCAGAAUUCUGAUCUAUAUAGGAGAAACAAGCAGCUCAUACAAGAGCUGGGUCAACCUGCUCCUGGUUCAAAGGAUCUUCAUUACCCAACUCAAUACUCUCAGUCUUUCUUGGUCCAAUGCCAAGCUUGCUUAUGGAAACAACGUUGGUCAUACUGGCGUAAUCCUCCAUACACUGCCUCGAGGUUUUUCUUCACUGUUUUUGUAGCCUUGAUUUUUGGAACAAUGUUCUGGAAUCUUGGAGGCAAACAUUCAAGUAGACAAGACCUGUCAAAUUCUCUAGGUUCAAUGUAUGCUGCUGUUUUCUUCAUUGGAGUACAGAAUUGUUCCUCUGUACAGCCUGUGGUAUCAGUUGAAAGAAGUGUCUUUUACAGAGAAAAAGCUUCUGGAAUGUAUUCUGCUUUACCCUAUGCAUUUGCACAGAUUUUGGUAGAGCUACCCUAUGUCUUCAUCCAAUCUGUAUCAUAUGGUGUAAUAGUUUAUGCCAUGAUCGGAUUUGACUGGACUGUAGAGAAAUUCUUUUGGUAUAUAUUUUUCAUGUACUUCACGUUGUUGUACUUCACCUUUUACGGCAUGACGACUGUGGGAUUAACACCAAACGAGCAUGUUGCUGGCAUUGUGGCUUUUGCAUUUUAUGCUAUUUGGAAUCUUUUCUCAGGAUUUGUUGUCACAAGACCUGUAAGUUAUUGUUACCCUUUGAACAAAUAGUUUGUUGGAAAUAUUUUGUGAAAAAUAUAGAAAAAUUGAAUCUU